AUGACAGCGGAUCUCGAAAUUACCAGGAAGAGACGACCUGUUGACAACGGAUGGAAGAAGGGUAGAGAUUCGUUCAAAAUUUCUUCAGCGUUAUGUAGUAAGAAGUUUGAUUGUAAGACAUUCAACGCUGAGGAGGCAAAUUAUGGCGAUGGCUGUACCUGUUCAUGCUCCGGAAGGUUUUCGACUUUUAUUUUUUACAACAAGACCUGGGGUUGCCGAGAGAACGAGAAAGUUCGUACUUUAUUAGGAGGCAAUACAAGUACGUUCUUCCGUUUUAAGGACGAGAAUAAAAGAAACGAACUGCACAUGUUGAACAUGAACGAAGAAAGAAAAUUAAAACUGAAUCCCAACAAGCUCAACUGUACCCAAGAGUCCGCGAGGUAUUUUAAAUGUGGUGACAGCGAAGAUGUAUUGCCUGAAAGAAGCCCUUUUGCAUUGAUAGCCAAAGAUAAAAAUUAUUUUAUCAAGGUAGAGGAAAUGACAAGCAAAGACUUCUUGAAAGGAAGAAUAAUCAGGCUCAAGAUAACUUGUACUAACGCACGGAGAGGCUUGGCUAGAAGCGGGGUGUUAUUGUUCAAAUAUGAAGGAUCCUUAAAUUGUUCUAUAACAAUUCCCUUUAACCCAAACACGGAUGGAAAACUACCCUCCACGCCCCUCAUCGCUGGUGUUACCACUGCCAUUUUGGUACUCCUUGUCAUUUCCUCCCUCUUGGUUUAUCGACGCCAAUAUUUAAAGAGGGACCCUCAUCCUAAGGGAGAGAGCCACGACAGACAGGAAACAGAAACACCGUGCGCAGAUCCGGAAAAUGGAACUGAUAAUGAAAAUGGUUUAACCGAACUUGCUUACAGGGAACCAGCUGUUUUUGCAUCAAGCUAUCAAGCUCCUGUUUCCGAUAGAGAGGCACAUUUAAGCGGUGAAACAGAAAAUAAUGAUAGUUCUAAUGGAGAACACAUAUACGCUUCCUUGAACAUUUCUGAGGGACCAAGUGUAUAUGGCCAUAGAGACGACCAGGAUAAUUGCCCCAUGAGUAAAGAUCAAGCUGUUUAUAGUCUCAUAGAGGAACUCAAUGUUGCCCAACCGGUGCACAACAGUUUUGAGGAACCACGCCGUGACGUUUCUCGCAGACCUGGCCAGUACGGCAUUGUGUCUUCCGACGAACCAGUCCACAGCACUUUGGAAGAGACUGCCCACUGCUUUGACGACGGUACCCUGCCUACACAAAGAAAUCUUGAGGUGCCAUAUCUUAAAGAUGUGGAGGAAUCGAUUCAAUAUCGUACCACGGGUCCUAAAGAGCCCGUUUAUAACACAUUGGAGGAACCUGUUGGUGAUGAUGACAAUGACCCUGUAUAUAACACUUUAGAGGCUCCUGAAGGUGCAGAGGAUCCUCUCCAUCCUAGUGCUGUGUCUACAGAAGAACCAAUCCGUCAUACCUUGGAACAAUCCAAUCCAAAUAUCUCAUGAGAAAAAGCAGAUGACUUGAAAUUUACGACUGAGCCAGUUUACGAUAUUGUUGAAGAGGAUACUUCCUAAAAGCGUUUUUGUUGAAGGCGGUAGUCAUGGCUCUAGAAAAAAAGCUCUCCUUGCUUCGUAUGCCAUGCUAGUACUCAAGUAAAAGAAAAGGGAAUUAUAAAAAUCAUUGCAGUCGGUACAUAGAAAAUUAUCUGGUAGAUAAUGUUUAUGAGUCGAUCGUAGCUUCCAGUUAUACUUUUGUUUCUUACUCGAGCAAAAUCUAGAGUCUGAGAGUGUAAAUAAACAGGCCAGCUAUGUGCAUGAAAUGGCUUAGAAAUAAUAAGGAGGUCAGACUGAAAAAGAAUAAUUCCUUAAAUAUUUUAAAAUAUGCACUGUUAGAUUUGAAAUGAUUAUUUUGGAAAAUAGGGUGUUCAUAUCCCAAAGAUGGUUAAUUGGUUAAGUAUUAAGAACGAUCUGAUGAGAAAAUUAGAAAGAUUAAGUAGCUUGUUAGAAAUUUUCCCGUGGUGAGACGCAGCCCCUAUAAUAAUAUAGUUCUUAUAAUAUAUA